AUGAGUUCUGACCAAGAGGAGAAUGACAUGGUCUGUCAGAAAGCUGUGACUCUAAUUGUUGACCUCUGCCUGCACAACAGCACCCUGUUGGAUCAGGACACCUGUCAGGAUUUCCUCUUUGCGCUGACCAGCCAGGAUCCUGACCACAAAGAAGCAGACGCUCCUUUUGGCCUGGUGCUGGGUGUGUUUCUUGUUUGUGUCCUGGCUCUGCUGGGCCUUGUUACGCUGAUCUCCUGGAAGCUGUGCUGGGUACCGUGGCGGACAAAGGCCCACUUCCCCAGUCAAUCUCUCAACCCAGCCUGUAGCCCACAGCACUGCCCACUCCAGCCACCUCUCCUACUGCCCAGUCCCCAACAGCCACUAGUCUCCAUGGCGACAGAGAAGGUGAAGGACCCCAUGGGCUCGACUAGUUUCCUGGAAGCGGCAGUGAAGAUAAGCCAUACUUCUCCUGACAUCCCCACUGAUGUGCAGCUCUCCAUGAGAGAGCACUUCCUGCGCCGAACGCAGCGCAUGCAGAGACAAACCACUGAACCGGCCUCCUCCACACGGCACAACUCAUUUAAGAGACAUCUGCCCAGGCAGAUGCAGGUGGGCAGUUUAGAUCUGGGAAAUGACUAUAUGGUGGACAAGGAUGAGAAGCCAACCAGCAUUGGGCGCAUCCAGCCUGAACUCUACCAACAGAUGGCCUCAGAGUCCGAAGACUCAUCCAAGACUGGAAGCGGUAAAAACUGCGGCAGGAUUAACUUCUCACUCAAGUACGACUAUGAAAAUGAGGCACUCCUUGUCAACAUCCUCAGAGCAGUAGAUCUGCCUGCCAAGGACCUAUGUGGAUAUUCUGACCCUUAUGUGAAGGUCUACCUGCUGCCUGACCGCAAGAAGUUCCAGACUCGUGUCCACCGGAAGACACUCAAUCCCACAUUCAGUGAGAACUUCCAGUUUUCUGUGCCUUAUGAAGAGCUGGCUGUCAGGAAGCUACACAUGAGUGUCUUUGACUUUGACAGAUUUUCCCGGCAUGAUAUGAUUGGAGAGGUCGUGCUAGAAAAUUUGUUUGAGACGUCAGACUUGUCACGAGAGACGAACAUAUGGAGGGACAUCCAGUAUGCCACCAGUGAAAGUGUUGACCUUGGGGAGAUCAUGUUCUCUCUCUGCUACUUGCCCACCGCAGGCCGACUCACACUCACUGUCAUUAAGUGCAGGAACCUCAAGGCCAUGGACAUCACUGGAUACUCAGAUCCCUAUGUUAAAGUAUCGCUCAUCUGUGAUGGUAGACGUUUAAAAAAGAAGAAGACGAGCAUCAAAAAGAACACCCUGAACCCUACCUACAAUGAGGCCAUCAUCUUUGACAUCCCUCCAGACAGCAUGGACCAUGUCAGCCUGCACAUUUCCGUCAUGGACUAUGAUUUGGUGGGUCAUAAUGAGAUCAUCGGUGUGAUGAGGGUUGGCUCCCAUGCUGAGGGGCUUGGCAGGGACCACUGGAACGAAAUGCUGGCUUAUCCACGUAAGCCCAUCGCACACUGGCAUCCCCUGCUGGAGCCCAAAAAAUCUGAGAAGGAGUGGAAGGCCAGAACAGCCAGCUUUGACAGCCAGGGCUCCUGCCCCUCACCCAGGCCCCCCCCCGGGCCCCGAAAAGAGCCCCCUGAGACCCGGGGGGGGGGGGGGGGGGGGUCCUCCCUCCUGCUAAUCCACUUCCUGUCUGUGUGA